ACCCUGCCGUGAUGCGACAACGCUGCCUUCAGUGUUCGCUGAAGUUAUGCGAUGCAUUAACGGUCCCUUGGUCACGUCAGAUGAUCAAGUUGUAUAUCCAUUGAAAUGAUUGGGAGUUAAGUCAACAGCAUGGAUGUCAGUGAACUUGUCAAAAGGGCAAAGAGAGCAUUAGAUGGAUAUAUAUCGUAUCGCAAAGCUGUUUUGGUAGUGUUAGUUAUUCUUGUAAUCCUCCUUUAUUGUGGACCAUCGAUUUUUCGUUUAGUCCUUAACACAAAACCUUCAAUCACAGAUUCUGCAAGUAGAAGCCUGUCUGUGAGAUUAGAUCGCUUCUGGCAAGCUUCUCAAGAAGAUGACGCUCACAUCUUGCACGUCCCUGCAAAUGACGACGAGAGACCGUUCAUCCCAUAUGUUGGUAAUGGUCUCAUGGGCCUUUCCUUGGAUCAGGAGAGUCCAAUAUAUAUUAGAAAUGGGAGGACUCUUUCUCUGCCCGUAAACUAUCGUCCAAUAACUUUAAUGUCAGUUGAUGGGGCUUCUGUUAAAGAAGCCAUUGUAACAGAGUAUAAAACUGGAGUCGUGCAUCGUCUGCAGUCAUGGGAGCAACCAGCUGUAGGAUCCAUAGAUGUGACAUACCAAACUUAUGCUCAUCGAGCAAUGCCAGCAUUACUCCUUCAAGAUAUUAAGAUUAUCAACCCCACCAGUCAAGAUACCCUUGUUGACAUUGAACAGAUGGGUCUGGGAGACUGGUUAGGAGCUACCACAGAAACUGUAAAGUUACAACAUGGUGAAGGAGAGCAUGAAUACACAAUUAUUAAGGGGUUUGUAGAAGUACCUGAUUCAUCCAAUAUCAUUCCUGUUGCUGUAGUGACGCUGAAAGUGCCGUCCAGCUUAGAGGUCAAAUCGCAUCUUUCGUUGACGUUGCAUGUUGUAACAGCAGUAAAUUACACAGAUCCUAUUCCUAGAAAAAUGUAUCAGAGCGUAAAGGAAGCUGUUGCACAAAGUGCCCUUACGGUCUUGAAACGGGCUGUCACAGGAAGUAUAAAAAAGCUGCGUACAGAGCAUUCUUUGAUCUGGAACGAGCUUUGGUCAUCAGGGUUCUGCAUUAGCCACUCCAAAGCAGAGAAUGCAGUUAAUGGAGAUCUUAUUAAUGCUACCCUUUAUCAUGUCUUAUCACAGGCAAGAGCUCCCCUUCAUGAGGUAAUGACUACAGAGGAACAGAGAUCUUCUAUUCUGCGGGAUAUUGCUUAUGCAGAGGGAUGCUAUGGAGGACAUCCUACUCUUCAAGCUGAUCGGCUUUGGUCCCCUCUGGAUUCUGUAGAAGCUGUAAAUACUGUGGUUGGGUAUUGGAUGGUCACCUUAGAGAAACAGGGUUGCCAUCAGUUAGUGAGAGCUGGGGCCAAUGGCAUUAUGCAAGCAAUGCUGCUAAGUCUAGGGGGCUUGCGUUUUAAGAACCAGCACCUUGAACUCAAUGCUCAUCCAAAGGAUCUCCACAGAGAUUAUAAUUUUAGGCGAAUAAGUUAUGGUAAUGCAACCCAUUUAAAUAUUUCCAUAAUGGUGCAAGAGGAGGAUUACAAAGCAGUCCUCUACACAGCUUUAGAUAGGUCUGACAGAAACUACUAUGCAUGUGAUGCUGGAUGUCUUGAUCCUCCCGUUCAACUCAAGCAGGAAAGGCAAGCCUUUCCAGUCAAGCUUACAGAGCCAGUAACAGCAAUAUUAUAUAUUACAUCUGAUAAAGUUCACAUGGAAGAACUUAAACAUACAAUUCAUGUAAAAGAAAUUGCCUUAGCUCCUCCACACGAGCAUCACGUCAUAGCUAUGCACAAACAUGGCCACAAGUGGGGUGGCCUGCCAACAGUGUUCUGGUUAACGAUCAUCGCACUCAUUGUUAUUUUCCAUCUUUUCCUCAUUAAGCUUGUCAUCAAUGAAUACUGUGGAGGUGAUAUUAAAGUUCGAUACAGAUUGUUGGGCCAGAAUAUUAUUCAACAAACUAUCAGCUCAGCUGAAACUUGAUAAACAACUCUACCUUGGACCAAGAUGGUUUCGCCUGAAAAGAGCUAAAAACUGUCCGACUUCUAGCGUAAUGAACACCUAACGUAGAGAGGGGACAAUGCAAAGCUUUAUUAUCGAAAGGAGGGCCCCGUCCUUUUGUGCUGUACAUAAUUUUUGAUUUAUUUUGAUCAUGAGCAUUUUCAUACAGUUCACCUGUCACACUUCUCAUUGAUUUGUUGUUAGUAAUGAUUCGCAGUGAAAUGUUUUAAGUUGGAUUUUUAUUUUGUAUUUAUGGUUAUUUAUUGGUGUGUAUUUGUAUAUACAUUGGAUAUAUUAUAUAUAUAUAUUAUGUAUGUACUUCCAAGGAAAUGUGGGUUUUAAGCUUUUGUAUUUUCAAUAUUUGAAAUAUAGUUGAAAAUAACAGAAA